UCUUGCCAUUAUCUCAAGCUUAGACUCAGUGGUAAUAAACCAUGUUGCCAACCAUUGAAAAUUUCCACUACUCGAAAGCUUUUCUUCUGUUCCUCAUCCUCUGUAUCCUUCCAAUAAACUUUGCUCAACCACUUUCCUUCACCAUAACUAACUUUAACGACACUAAAAAUGCAAGCAUCGUUGGAUACGCCGGCGUAGCCAAGGUUGAGGACGGAUCUGUUGUGCUCAACCCAAUCAUCGAGAAUGGAAAGGGAAGAGUCAUUUAUGGCCAACCUUUACGCCUAAAAAACUUUUCUGAUGGACUUGUCACUGAUUUUUCAACUCGUUUUUCAUUCACUAUCGACGCAACAGUAGCCAAAUACGGUGAUGGCUUUGCCUUCUUCUUGGCACCCCUUUUAUACCAGAUUCCGACCGCCACUUCUAAUGGCUCCCUUCUCGGCCUAUACGACGCCACCCAAAGUAACAUCAUUGCUGUCGAAUUUGACACUUAUUUAAACGAGUUAGAUCCACCAGUGCAACACGUAGGGAUCAACAAUAACUCUGUGGCAUCUCUCAAUUAUAGCAAGUUUGAUAUUGAAAACAACUUAGGGAAUAUGGUGCAUGCGUUGAUAACUUACAAUGCUGCUGCCCAACUCCUGGCUGUUUCGUGGUCCUUCGAUGGAACUAAAUCUUCUUCUACUCCUAGCGGUUAUCUUUCGUACAAGAUUGACCUGUGGGAAGUCUUGCCGGAGUGGGUCAAUGUUGGGUUUUCGGGUUCAACUGGAUCGUCCACUGAGAAAAACGUGAUCCAUACCUGGGAGUUCAGUUCAAACCUAGAUCUUAAUUCUACGCAUGGAGUGGAAAGUGACAUCGCAACCAAAUGCAAGGUUCAGGUCAAAAUAGUAGUUAUUACAGUAAUUUGUUCUAUUGUUUUUGUGCUUGUGGUUAUUAGUAUUUCUUGGUUGAUUAUCAAAAGGAGAAGAACAGAGGAUGGUUUUGGUUUAGAUAGAGAUGUCAUGCCUAGAAGGUUUGGUUAUGAGGAAAUAGUUGCAGCCACGAACGGGUUCGCAGAUGAUAGAAGGCUGGGAGAAGGAGGCUCUGGACAAGUUUACAAAGGGUUUCUGGGAGAUUCAGGGCGCGUGGUUGCUGUGAAAAGGAUUUUUUCUGACGUUGAAGAUUCUGAGAGAAUAUUUAGAAACGAGGUGAACAUUAUAAGUCGUCUUAUACAUAGAAACCUUGUGCAAUUCAUGGGGUGGUGCCAAGAGAAAGAAGAGUUAUUACUGGUUUUUGAGUACAUGAGUAAUGGAAGCCUUGACAAUCAUCUGUUUGGCAACAGAAGAAGUUUGACAUGGGAUGUGAGAUACAAGAUAGCAUUAGGUGUGGCUAGAGCACUUCGUUAUCUUCAUGAAGACGCGGAGCAGAGUGUUCUUCAUAGGGACAUAAAGUCAGCUAAUGUUUUGUUGGACACAGAUUUCAACACAAAGAUUGGUGACUUUGGGAUAGCAAGGUUGGUGGAUCCAAGAUUGAGGACUCAGAGGACAAAGGUGGUGGGGACAUAUGGGUACCUAGCUCCAGAAUAUAUAAAGGAAGGGAGGGUUAGCAAAGAAUCAGACAUGUACAGUUUUGGGGUUUUGGCUUUGGAGAUAGCAUGUGGAAGGAGGACUUACCAGGAUGGCGAAGAUAAUCAUGUGCCUUUGGCGAAAUGGGUAUGGAAACAUUACGUGGAUGGGAAUAUUUUGAAUGCUGCUGAUGAGGAAUUGAAGAUGGAUUUUGACAUAUAUGAAAUGAAAUGCUUGCUCAAUGUAGGAAUAUGGUGUACCCUCCAAGACCACAAGGAAAGGCCAACCUCAGAACAGGUUAUAAAUGUUCUUAAACAAGCAGUGCCAUUGCCGAUGUUUUCUGCAAAAUUCUCAAAUAAUGGGCAACCGGAUCCCUUUGAAUCGUCAUCCAGAAAAGCAUAAAUCCUCCCAUUUCAAAUUUUCAGUUGCUCAAGAAUCACUCCUCCUAAGGAGAAUGUCAUCGAGAAGAGUUAGUUCAGAGGAGCAAGUUGUAAAUUCAAAUGCUCAUAUAAUAAAACUUUUGUUGUAAAUUUACAAAGUGUACAAAAUCUAAAUGCAAAAUUAAAACA